AUGGAGUCUGGCACUCUUGAGUCCCCCAAGCUGGACGGGUUCAGUCUUGUCUUGCCUCUGCCUUAUCGUGUUGCUGUUAUAUUAGUCGCUGGCGUGUGGGGAUGGGGAUUGAACGUCCAGUACCUCACAGCUGUCAAAAUAGAUGUCCCGGCUUUGAUACGAUAUCCAUCUCGACCUAAUACCGCCGGCACCGUUACCGUUCACCGGUCGACAUACCACCUUGCAACCCUCCUUUCCAUUCCGCUAGCUAUCUCCCUUCUCGCAUUCUGGUUCAUUACGUACGGCGACCCAGCACGAGUCAUUGCUUGGGAGGUUUUGCCGCAAUCAUACCUGUUCCUCUUUAUCGUACUACUUGCGUUCCCGCUCCAUCGUCUCUCGCGUGGAGGAAGAUACAGAUUCUUGACCACGCUAAAACGUGUCAGCUUAGGAGGGCUUGCUGAAUCCCAGGAUGGCAAAUUCGGCGAUAUCAUACUUGCUGAUGUGCUUACCAGCUACUCCAAAGUGAUUGGGGACCUGUUCGUGAGCUCAUGCAUGUUCAUCUCGAGUGAUGCCUCCAGCACCAGCAUACCUGAUAGAGCUUGCGGUGGCCAUGUAGCGGUACCUCUACUCAUCGCUGUUCCAAGCAUCAUCCGGCUACGACAAUGCUUGAUCGAAUUCUUCCGAGUAUAUAGACGUGGUAAUCGCCGUGUUGAUGGUUGGGGUGGUCAGCAUCUUGCCAAUGCUGCUAAAUAUGCUACAGCACUGCCUGUGAUUGCUUUGACUAUGCUGCAGCGCAAUUAUGAUGCGUCUGUCAUCGGAGUGAGCGAAGAAACAUUGCAUAAACUAUGGUAUGUCCAUUUUUACUCUACACCCCCCUCAACCCAACUUCUAACUUCAAGUAGGAUACUCUCUGCCGUCAUCAACUCCUCAUACACGUUCUAUUGGGAUAUCGACAAGGAUUGGGACCUUUGUCUUUUCUCCGAUAUCGUGGGCCAGUUCCGUCCUACUUCUACUCUGAGAGACGAAAACCCUCACCCAUUUGGGCUUCGCACGAAUCGUUUCUUUCACACCAAUGCCAUCUACUACUCCGCCAUUGUGAUCGACCUGGUCCUACGAUUUACCUGGCUCAGUCGGCUAACCACACGAUUGAACUGGGUCAACGAUCUGGAGAGCGGAGUGUUUGCUCUUAUGUUUUUAGAAGUUAUCAGACGAUGGCUUUGGAUUUUUCUGAGAGUCGAAACUGAGUGGGUCCGAAAUAUCCGUGGCCCGGCUCCUGAUGAUAUUCUACUUGGGGAAUUCACCAAGAUGGAUGAAGAUUAA